AUGCCCCCCCUCCCAAGGGGAUUCAUAGACCCAAACGGCGACGAAAGCGAUGACGACCUUGGAGGCAUCGACAGCUCAGUCCAAGUGGGCAUGACUGCUGAGACUAGAGAUCUCUACAGAAAAGACUGCGAUGACCCCUGGCAAGAAUGGGCUCCCGAAGAAAUUGGCGUCAACGCCAACUCGGCCGCCACAGCUGCCAAGUUUGCCCUCAUCAUCCGCCGCCAGAAGCACCGGGACGACAAUGGGGAGCUCGCCCUCGCUCUGUUCUCAAUCACGGUACAGAGCCCACUGAUCAAGAAGCAGUUGGGCUCCGUGUUUGAUGGGUACAAGGGCAUCAACACAAACUUGAGGAAGCUCGACUUCAGGGCUCCUUUUCACGAAUUCUUUUACCGAUGGGAAGAGUUUGUGCAGGCCAUGCCAGCCGAUACUAAGGAGAACGAGGCUUCGAGGAGUCACUACAAGCUUCUUUUCGACACCGUCUCCAAGGAGAUGACGCCUCACAUCGAGCAGGUCACUGACCUCGUCAAGAACAAUGUCAUCUCUUUUCAGUAUGUUUGGGCUCUCUUUGAGCCUGGCAUCGAAGUGUACACCAGAGUCGAUGGUCACGACCGCAUCCUCAUCCUCCUCCAUGCAGAGUAUCAAAAGACCGACUGCGGCAUCAUCUACAACCUCUCGUGUCGCUAUGUCGACACUGACGGAGAGCGUUUUGGAUACAGGAACAUGGAUAUUGUCAUCCAACCGUUUGGGAACUUGAAGCCUAUUCUGGAGCUCGACGUUGUCCCCGCCCGUCUGCAGCCCAACAUUGAAGCCAUCCGGGAGCAGCUGAUAGAACGAGGUCAACGCUUCGUGGCGCUGAAGGGAGUUCACCACAGAUCGUACACUGGUGUCUAUGAGCGAGCCAACCCCCCCACUAACCAGCCAAAGGUUAUUGAGGAAAGAAUCGUUAUCGACGGCAGCAUGUUUUCCAAGUACGUCGAUGAGCACCAAGGACGAAUGCCACCUCUUAUCCCCCUCGACGAGUCACCACACGGGGCCAAUUCGGACAUCGAGAAGAGCCUGGACCCUCAAAUCCUGGCACCAGAGGACGAGAACCUCGCUGAAAAGUACUACCAUCUGUGUACACACGUAGUCAGGGGUUUCUGCCUCAAGGCAAAGGACUGGGGAUAUCUCGACAUCAACCUCAUCGAGGACAUUGUCUGGAGCAACACUGCGUUUGACCAGCUUGUUCUGCCGCACGACUAUAAACGCAUUAUCCGGGCAUUCGUCCACGCUCAGAUCUCUGGACUAGAUAAUUUUGACGACGUGAUCAAGGGAAAGGGACGGGGCAUCAUCAUGCUCUUGAGUGGAGAGCCAGGAACUGGCAAGACCCUCACAUCAGAGUCAGUCGCCGAAACCAUGCACAAACCCCUAUACGGCAUGAGUGCUGGCGAACUCGGGGACGACGCCGACGAAGUCGAAGAGAAUCUAAACCGCAUCCUCGAACUGUCUACAAAGUGGAAAGCCGUCCUCCUCGUGGAUGAAUGCGACGUGUUCCUCGAGCGCCGCUCAUCAUCUGACCUUCAGCGCAACAAGCUAGUCGCCAUCUUCCUCCGUCUUCUCGAGUACUACCAAGGAGUCAUGUUCCUCACUACCAACCGAGUCUCAUCUUUUGACCCUGCCUUUGAGUCCCGUAUUCAUUUGACAAUUCACUACCCAAAGCUGGACGUUGAUAGCAGAUUGCACGUGUGGAAUACCUUUGUCAAGAUCGAGGCUGGUGGCGUCUCGGAAGCUGAGCUUGGGGAACUUGCCAAGGAGGAGCUCAACGGGCGACAGAUCAAGAACGUGGUCAAGACGGCGCGUCUGUUGGCGUUUGAAGAAGGGGUACCGCUUUGCUCGGGUCAUAUCAACACGGUGUUGCGGAUUAAGAGGGGGAAUAUCAAGAUGGACUAA